AUGGACCGCUUGCGUGAUGCCAUCCACGCCGCGUCUCGAAGGCGGGAACGUAGCGACCCAGCUGCAAUAGCCACCACCGAAAAUGUAUCACGGCCAGUUGCCGCUGCCAGGACAGGAAGGCAACCACCGACCGAGAGACCGCCAGCGAGUCCCCCUCCGACCUUACAAGACGAGCCACAUCCUGACGUGAGAGAAGCGCUCGCGGCGAGAGAUGACAAUUUCUACCCUCCCAGCAUUCGACUUGUUCGUCACGGAACUCAUGCCUCGGGGCCUGAAGCGAACAUCGGCGCAGUUCACGACUACGCCGCGACCCCUACAGAAACAGACCGGGCCGAUCAUGGCAGACUAGGGAACGUGUGGAACAAAGCUCGUCGGUCAGUGGGGUUUGGGCGCGAGGAGAGGGAUUCUUUGCCGCAGUCUGGAAGGGACUACAAUACGGAUAUGGUCGAUGCACUCGACGCUCUCGAUCCUGAAGUUCAAACUCUCGUCUCCCUGACCAACGUGCAAAACUCGCUGUUCGUCCCCAACCUUGGGAGAUACGUGAACAGAAGGCCGACAUUCUCCCUCACGAGCCUCUUGCAAGACGUCGAACAGAAAUUAAAGCCGGGAGAGAAGGACAGGCCCACGCAGGCAAAACAACCACCAAAGGUCGCACGCCCGGCACCCGUAUACCGAGCUCCUACCGGUGGUACCAUCGACUCGAAGCUCAGCGACUCUCGGUAUGCGGUCCUUCCCGAAGGAGCGUCGCUGUCCGGGUGGACGUAUGAAGAUCGAUUGGAGCUCAACGAUCAUGUUCGACAUAUGCUGCACUCACGUCGGUCGAAACUCAAAAGGUCCCUGAAAGGGUUCAUGCAAUAUGUUCGCCAACCUCUCGGCUUCUGCAUCACACUCUAUGCGACGUUGAUCACGCUUUUUGGCUUGGCCUGGGUUCUCUUCCUCAUCGGCUGGAUAAACGUCGGCGGGAAGCAAUUGUAUAUCAUCAACGUGAUUGACAAUGUCCUGGUGGCCCUCUUCGCCAUCGUCGGCGAUGGCCUCGCCCCUUUCCGGGCUGUGGACACCUACCACAUGGUCUUCAUUGCCCACUACCACCACUUGACCUGGGAGACGCGCAAGAAGCGCCACCUGCCCGACCUGCGAAACCACAACGACCUCCCCACCGAGAUGCCGCCGCCCGCGGUGCCCCGGCCCCCACCCCGCCGCCGCGACCGCGUCCUGAACAAAGCGGCCGCCAAACUCCACCUACGGAGACGAUUCGGCGUCCGCAACGAGCACCCCGAAGAUCCGGGCGAGUACAGCGUCCUGACCCCCGCGCAGCAGCGACUCCUGGACUACCACGCCGCCAAGUUCAACAAGUCGCACACCUUCUACAAGCCGCACGAGACGGAGACGCACCACGCCUUCCCCCUGCGCCUGCUGGUCGCCAUCGUGGUGCUGCUGGACUGCCACUCGCUCCUGCAGAUCGCCCUGGGCACCGUCACGUGGAGCAUCGACUACCACCGCCGGCCCUUUGCGCUGACCACGGUCAUCCUGUGCUGUUCCAUCACCUGCAACGCCACGGCGGGACUGCUGAUCUGGAUCGGCGACCGCCGGACGCGCAAGCACGAUGUGCUGGAACGCCUGAAUCGCCAGGAGUUGACGCAGGAGGCCAUGGAGAAGAUGGAGAAGAGGCGCGCACAGCAGGAGGAGGAGGAAGAGGGAGCCGGCCGGGCAGCGGACUAG